AUGGCUUCUUCAUCAUCCCCAUCAGUCACCACUAUGGCGGAUCCGCCGAAUGGAAACUUCUAUCCCAAGGAUGAGGAUGCCAGCCUCCACCAAGUCCACUUUACCAGCAAAUGCCCACCGGACGUGUCACCCAAUACCAGGAUCGUCGCUGUCUGCGGCAUCACUGAUAUUGCUGAUGCUGCGUCGCCGACUAUGGAUGGAUGGCUCCUAUCAGACUUCUGGAUGUUCAACCACCUCUUUCGCAGUGCGCCAGUUGCCAAGCAGACGUGGUUUACCUGCUGUAGCCCAAAAGAUCUCGUCGACAAAUACGAGAGAUAUGCGCACGGCAGCGCCUCUCAGGAGUUUCGCAUAGUGUUGGAAGAGCGACUUUUGGACACCAUAAGUGCAGCCGGAACAUUAAGAGUCGUAGAACCUGAAACCAUACUGGAGCGCUUUCUGAAGGCGGUGGAAGAGGAAUGCAAAGAAGCAGUAAAGGCAGAUCAGAAUAUUCUGCUGCUGAUCUUCGGCCAUGGGGAUAUAAAUAGCUAUGGGAUGACCAUGGGAAGCGGGUCCAACACGGAAUUCUCAGAAAAGUCUGCUCCACAGCUCAAAAGAAAGGAUCUCGAAACAGCCGUUAGUAAAGAGAUAAGAUGUACGAUAUUAAAGACGCCCCGUUUUGACGAUGGAUGGACUAUGCAACCAGAUCUUAACUUGACGCUCAUCGCGGCGACAGAGCACCAGGCGAAAGGUCAUUGGAAGCCUAGUUUAACUCUAGGAUUCCCCAGUUCAUUUAUAACAUCGGCGAUUUGCGACACUAUCUUCGCAACUGAGAUCGAAGACGCAACUGAGACUGAAGAUGAAGAGAACAUAGAGGAGCCUGAAACGGAGUUUGACAAAUGGGAUAGGAUAAACGAUUAUCGUACUGAAAUGAGCUAUAUCAUACGGUACCAUUUCCGGCAAAAUGUGCGCUUUCACAGUGAACAUCAGAUAUCCUUUAGGGCAGAGGAUGACGAGUGGGCAAGAGUCUGGGACGAACGUACCGGCAUCCCUUUAGCAUUCUUCAAGGGGAGGUGGGAAGAACUAUCAAUCCUACCAGCCCAGGCAGAUGAUGGCUCAUCAUUUGCUGAUCCCUCCUCCGAUUUAUCCGCACUCAGCCUUUCUGAUACUGAUCCUGACUCUACGUCAAGAAUACCCUUAAAGAAACUGAAACUAACCAUGACAGCGCCACAAAUGCGCGCUGUAGUUCGAGGUAUGGCAGUGGGGUACGCGAGGAGUUUUCCAGGCCAGGACGAACAAGCUAGUAACACGGCCUUCCACGCGAUGAUCCGGCUCUGGCUGCUUGAAUCUGGCAAAGACCGCUGCUCUGAGAAUCUUCUCGGAAAGGAUUCCCUGCCCACUUGGGGUUAUACUCUGAAUUAUAGACUCGGAGCUAUGGAUAUGGCAACCAGGUACAAGGAUUUCCUGGGCUUGGAUUUUCCCGAUUGCACGUCCUUCUGUAUUACGGGAUGGACGCACCCGCUGUACGAGUCCAAGGAGCCAGAUGCAAAGGAGAAAAUAAUGAGAUAUAGCCAAAUCCAUGGGAUGGUCCAUAGCGCCAAGAUAUUCGGCUGUGCAACAGAUGGCUAUUGGUAUCAUUAUGCCAAGCCUGAAGAGUACUUGGCUAUUGUAUUUUUCGAAUGCUACAACACAAAUGCCGAGAUCGAACGGGCUAUAAACCGUCUUGAAAAUUUCCGUAUCGAAAGAGUACGUCCUAAAGUCGAGGAAUUCCUACGCGAUCCUUGGUACCGUGAUAGAAUGGACCAGAUCCUGGAGCCUCUUCACAAGACCUUGCGAUCUCUAUCGCCACAGAAAAGGACGUCUCUCGUUUUAGAUUAG